AUGGUGAUCUACGUCAUGGAGACUUGGAUAGGCUGGAUCAUUUUGACCGAGGGCACCGAGCACAAUGAUUGGCGCACAAUUCUGAAGCGGAGAAGAAAAAGCUCGGCUUCCUCCUUGGGCCCAGACUGGAACCUUCUCCCCGCCCCGGCAACUCUCAAUCCUUCACCGGUCUUGCGCCAUGUCUACCGCCUUGGCAAAGGAUAUCUCCAAGAUACCACCCGUAUCUCCGUCCGGAUGACCAUCCAAGAAAAUAGGUUCCGAUCUGGCUUAUUUUCCAAAACCUUCAAGAUGCUCAGCAAAACUAUUGUCGCAGCCCUUCUGGGCCUCGUAUCUCUGACCAAUGCUGCUAAGAAGUGCCCCGUUGCCGACGUUUCCGCCAUUGCCCACACUGGCACUCCAAUUGGCGAGGAGGUCAAGUACAAUGGGCUGACCCAAUAUGUCACCAAGCCAAGCACGCGUGGUAAUAGGACUGUUGGAGUCCUUUACCUGACCGACGUUUUCGGAAUCCAGCUCGCGCAAAACAAGCUCCUGUCCGACAGCUUUGCUCGCGCCGGUUACAUCUCCGUCGCGCCGGACCUGUUCAACGGCAGCCCCGCCCCGAACGAUAUCAACAUCCCCGGCUUCAACACGACGGCGUUCCUUGCGCAGCACGGACCCAACGUUACUGACCCGAUCAUCGCCAACUCCAUCAAGUACCUGCGCGAGGAACUCGGCGUGAGCAAGGUCGCCGUCACGGGAUACUGCUUCGGAGGCCGCUACUCUUUCCGCGUCCUCGCCGAGGGCAAGGGCGCUGAUGUCGGCUUCGCCGCGCACCCAAGUCUUCUUACCGAUGAGGAGAUUACGGCCAUCACUGGUCCCGCGAGUGUCGCUGCCGCCGAAACUGAUAACCUCAUGUCACCCGCUCGUCGUGCCGAGGUCGAGGCACUCCUCAGUGAGACUGGCCAGCCCUUCUCCCUCGCUGUGUAUGGUGGUACCUCGCAUGGAUUCGGCGUUCGCGCCAAUAUUUCGGACCCCAGACAGAAGUUCGGCAAGGAGGAGGCUUUCUUCCAGGCUGUUCGCUUCUUUGACACCUGGGCUUGA